CAGGGGUGGGACUGAAGAAGAAGGCUAACUUGACAGCAGCGCUUCUUUCUUAGCUAGUCACCGGCCCCUGCCCAAGAAUGCUUGUGUGUGUGUAGCCUCCGCAGAGGUGGUUCUCCCGGAGUCCCGAGGGGCCGCCUGAGCUUCCGAGAACCAGGGAGGAGCCGUUCCAGCCAUGAGCCCCUUCGGGAAUCUGCCGGGGGGCAAGUGGCCCAGAGUCCUCAUGCCCCUCCGGCUGCUCCAGAGGGAGAGGUGAGCGCCGGAGAAGCCAGCCUGCAGCCAGAGGUGCCGGGAGCCCCGGGCCUGUCAUGGUGGCCGUCUGCAGCCAGCCUGAGGCACUCCCGGACGGGUUUGCAGUUGAGCUUGUGUAUCUGGUGUGUGAAGAAGAUGGGGAGUUACUUGUCCAUCCCGGCUUACUUCACCUCCAGAGACCCCUUUCGGUGUUCAGAAUGCCAGGAGCCCCUCACCAGCUGGUGCUAUGAGAAGGAUGGGAAGCUGUACUGCCACAAGGAUUACUGGGGGAAGUUUGGGGAGUUCUGCCAUGGCUGCUCUCUGCUGAUGACAGGGCCCGUCAUGGUGGCCGGGGAAUUCAAGUACCACCCAGAGUGCUUUGCCUGUAUGAGCUGCAAGGUGAUCAUCGAGGAUGGGGACGCAUAUGCCCUGGUGCAGCACGCCACCCUCUACUGUGGGAAGUGCCACAACGAGCUGGUGCUGGCCCCCAUGUUUGAGAGGCUCUCCACGGAGUCUGUUCAGGACCAGCUGCCCUAUUCAGUCACCCACAUCUCCAUGCCAGCCACCCCCGAGGGCCGGCGGGGCUUCUCUGUGUCUGUGGAGAGUGCCUGCGCCAACUAUGCCACCACUGUGCAAGUAAAAGAGGUCAACCGGAUGCACAUCAGUCCCAACAACCGCAAUGCCAUCCACCCGGGGGACCGCAUCCUGGAGAUCAAUGGGACCCCCGUCCGCACACUCCGAGUGGAGGAGGUAGAGGAUGCGAUUAGCCAGACGAGCCAGACGCUUCAGCUCUUGAUCGAACAUGAUCCCGUCUCCCAGCGCCUGGACCAGAUGCGGCUGGAUGCACGGCUCUCUCCCCACAUGCAGAAUACUGGACAGUCCCACACCCUCAGCACCCUGGACACCAAGGAGAAUCUGGAAGGGACACUGAGGAGACGCUCCCUGAGGCGUAGUAACAGCAUUUCCAAGUCCCCCGGCCCCAGCUCCCCAAAGGAGCCCCUGCUGUUCAGCCGAGACAUCAGCCGCUCAGAAUCCCUCCGUUGUUCCAGCAGCUACUCCCAGCAAAUCUUCCGGCCCUGUGACCUGAUCCACGGGGAGGUCCUGGGCAAAGGCUUCUUUGGGCAGGCCAUCAAGGUGACACACAAAGCCACAGGCAAAGUGAUGGUCAUGAAGGAAUUAAUUCGGUGUGACGAGGAAACACAGAAGACUUUUCUGACUGAGGUAAAGGUGAUGCGCAGCCUGGACCACCCCAACGUGCUCAAGUUCAUCGGCGUGCUGUAUAAGGACAAGAAGCUGAACCUGUUAACAGAGUACAUUGAGGGGGGCACGCUGAAGGACUUUGUACGCAGUGUGGACCCGUUCCCCUGGCAGCAGAAGGUCAGGUUUGCCAAAGGCAUCGCCUCUGGAAUGGCUUAUUUGCACUCCAUGUGCAUCAUCCAUCGGGACCUGAACUCACACAACUGCCUCAUCAAGCUGGACAAGACCGUGGUGGUGGCAGACUUUGGACUGUCACGGCUCAUAGUCGAAGAGAGGAAAAAGCCCCCAGUGGAGAAGGCCACCACCAAGAAACGUACCCUGCGUAAGAAUGACCGCAAGAAGCGCUACACUGUGGUGGGAAACCCCUACUGGAUGGCCCCUGAGAUGCUGAACGGAAAGAGCUACGAUGAGACGGUGGAUGUCUUCUCUUUUGGGAUCGUUCUCUGUGAGAUCAUUGGGCAGGUGUAUGCAGAUCCUGAUUGCCUGCCCCGAACACUGGACUUUGGCCUCAACGUGAAGCUUUUCUGGGAGAAGUUUGUCCCCACAGACUGUCCCCCGGCCUUCUUUCCCCUGGCUGUCAUAUGCUGCAAACUGGAGCCCGAGAGCAGACCGGCGUUCUCAAAACUGGAGGACUACUUUGAGGCCCUCUCCCUGUACCUGGGGGAGCUGGGCAUCCCGCUGCCUGCAGAGCUGGAGGAGUUGGACCACACUGUGAGCGUGCAGUACGGCCUGAGCAGGGACUCGCCCCCCUAGCCCUGGCCCAGCCCCCUGCGGGGGGGCGUUCCACAGCCAGCAUUGCCCCCUCUGCGCCCUAUCCCUGCUGUGGGCAGGGCCAUCUGGGCUUCCUGUGGAUUGGCGGCUUGUUUAGACACAGAACAAGCCAUCCCUACUACCUCCCCAGGAGGCGAGCGGGCGCAGCACCAGGGAAAUGCAUCUCCACAAGUUUUGGGGCCUGGUUACUGUCUGUAAAUCCAACACUCGCCUGAAAGCUGUGAAGAAGACAAAAAAAGCCUGGCUCCUGGGCCAGGAAGAAGCUGUUACUCGUGACCACUGGGGAACUACCUGGCAGUGGGUUUCCAGGAGGCUCUUGCUUACACUAAUCAGCGUGACCUGGACCUGCUGGGCAGGAUUCCAGGGUGAACCUGCCCGUGGGCUCUGAAGUCCCUGGUCCAGCUGGGGACAGGAGGACUUCAAAUGGGAGUGUGGAUAAGAGAAAGACUGGUGGCCAGGUGGCGAUCCAAGGAUGUGAAAUGAAAGUGGUGCUACCCCCCUUCCACUCCAUGUCCCGCCCUCCCCUGGGGCAGGGGUUGAGGGAGUAGAUUUUGAAGAGUCCCUUAGUUUGUGGUGGAACCGGCCUGGAGUCGGGAAGGAAGGGUUGGGUUCUGUUCACCUCAGGCCACAUCUGUGUGAGGGGAACUUCCACCUAGUUCUCAAACUGUACUGCUAACGACUGGCUGAGAACGUCUGGGUGGCAUCCUCUCUGCCUGCAGUAAGAAGUCACCCACAGUGCAGGAAGAGGCUGGCGGAUGGAAAGAGGCUCUGCCCUCUAGAAAACCCGUAUCCUGCCUGCUGUCACUCAUACCCUGAUGGGCAUCUCAGUCAGAAGCCCGAGACACUUUCUAUAGCUAGAUGGGUUCUGGAGGACAGUGUGGCUUGUCAUGGACCCAGUGUGUGAGGCCGGAGGAGUGGGACUCUCAGCCAUCUCUUGGCUUUGCGGCAGCUACUGCUCACCCUUCAUGCCUGGUCCAGGUACCAACUUGGGCAGGAAGAGGUGGGGCCAGUCCCAGAGCUUAGAGACAGCUCCCUGAGCUGGGCCUUCUGGCUUCUACGUCCCUCGUUGGCUGGCCCAGCUCACUAGCUCCCGGCUGCAACCUCCUGAGCCACAGCCAUGGGUUGGAAAGCCCUGGGGGCAGCCUCCACCUUGGCUCCCACAGUUCCAGGGACUCAACACAAAUACUAGAUUUGCCUCCUCCUAAGUGUCUGUGUGCUUGCGCCAUAUUUAACAAAUUGCGGGUGGGUUUGGGAUAUUACUGCGAUGUGUGGUGGUUGUAUUGGGGGUGGGAGGGAGGAGGCGGGUGGGACUGAUCCAAAAGAGUGGUUGCUGUUAAUACUAUCUUGUUGUAUCUGUUGGGUGAUAUGUGAAAUACUGUUCAUAGACCUGAUGAGCUGUGGGAUUCGACGUCAUCUCUGGCUAUGCUGUAUAGACCAUACUUAUGUGUGAGUGUGCAAGCUCGUGGGGUUGAGCCCUGGGCUCCCAGCAGCAGCAAGGUCAGCAUUGUAUGGCUGGUUGUGCCUCAGCCGUCCCGCAAGCUUGGGAGUGGUGGGUCCAAGCCGGGCCAUUGAGCAGACCAAAUAAAUUAAGCAGUUAACAAAACUGGA